AUGUGCACAUUCAAGCCUAUUGUGACUAUAACACCCUUCAUCUCAUCCUCCCUUCCUCUUAUCCGCCCUUCCUCUCAUCCUCCUUUCCUCUCAUCCUCCCGCCCUCUCAUCCGCCCUUCUCUCAUCCUCUCGCCCUCUCAUCCGCCCUCCCUCUCAUCCUCCCUUCAUCUCAUCCUCCCUUCAUCUCAUCCACCCAUACUCUCAUCCUCCCUUCCUCUCAUCCUCCCUUCCUCUCAUCCUCCUCUCCUCUCAUCCUACCCUUCCUCACAUCCUCUCUUCCUCUCAUCCUCCCUUCCUCUCAUCCGCCCUUCUCUCUCUCAUCCUCCCGCCCUCUCAUCCGCCCUUCUCUCAAGGGCUCGCCCUCUCAUCCUCUCUCCCUCUCAUCCUCUCUCCAUCUCAUCCUCCCUUCAUGAAAUCCACCCAUCCUCUCAUCCUCUCUUCCUCUCAUCCUCCCUUCCUCUCAUCCUCCUCUCCUCUCAUCCUCUCUCCCUCUCAUCCGCCCUCCCUCUCAUCCUCCCUUCAUCUCAUCCUCCUUUCCUCUCAUCCUCCCUUCCUCUCAUCCGCCCUUCUCUCUCUCAUCCUCUCUACCUCUCAUCCUCCCGCCCUCUCAUCCGCCCUUCCUCUCGUCCUCCCUUCCUCUCGUCCUCUCCCCCCUUCUUCCGCCCUCCCCCUCAUCCGCCCUUCCUCACAUCCUCUCUUCCUCUCAUCCUCCCAACCUCUCAUCCGCCCUUCUCUCUCUCAUCCUCCCGCCCUCUCAUCCGCCCUUCUCUCAUCCUCUCGCCCUCUCAUCCGCCCAUCCUCUCAUCCUCCCUUCAUCUCAUCCUCCCUUCAUCUCAUCCACCCAUCCUCUCAUCCUCCCUUCCUCUCAUCCUCCCUUCCUCUCAUCCUCCUCUCCUCUCAUCCUACCCUUCCUCACAUCCUCUCUUCCUCUCAUCCUCCCUUCCUCUCAUCCGCCCUUCUCUCUCUCAUCCUCCCGCCCUCUCAUCCGCCCUUCUCUCAUCCUCUUGCCCUCUCAUCCGCCCAUCCUCUCAUCCUCCCUUCAUCUUAUCCUCCCUUCAUCUCAUCCACCCAUCCUCUCAUCCUCCCUUCCUCUCAUCCUCCCUUCCUCUCAUCCUCCUCUCCUCUCAUCCUCUCUCCCUCUCAUCCGCCCUCCCUCUCAUCCUCCCUUCAUCUCAUCCUCCUUUCCUCUCAUCCUCCCUUCCUCUCAUCCACCCUUCUCUCUCUCAUCCUCUCUACCUCUCAUCCUCCCGCCCUCUCAUCCGCCCUUCCUCUCGUCCUCCCUUCCUCUCGUCCUCCCCCCCCCUUCUUCCGCCCUCCCCCUCAUCCGCCCUUCCUCUCAUCCACCCAUCCUCUCAUCCUCCCUUCCUCUCAUCCACCCAUCCUCUCAUCCUCCCUUCAUCUUAUCCUCCCUUCCUCUUAUCCGCCCUUCCUCCAAACCUCCCUUCCUCUCAUCCUCCUCUCCUCUCAUCCACCCUUCCUCUCGUCCUCCCUUCCUCUCGUCCGCCCUUCCUCUCAUCCGCCCUUCCUCUCAUCCUCCCUUCCUCUCAUCCGCCCUUCCUCUCAUCCGCCCUUCUCUCUCUCAUCCUCCCGCCCUUUCAUCCGCCCUUCCGCUCGUCCUCCCUUCCUCUCGUCCUCCCUCCCCUUCUUCCGACCUCCCCCUCAUCCGCCCUUCCUCUCAUCCGCCCAUCCUCUCAUCCUCCCUUCAUCUCAUCCUCCUUUCCUCUCAUCCUCCCUUCCUCUCAUCCGCCCUUCUCUCUCUCAUCCUCCCGCCCUUUCAUCCGCCCUUCCUCUCGUCCUCCCUUCCUCUCGUCCUCCCUCCCCUUCUUCCGACCUCCCCCUCAUCCGCCCUUCCUCUCAUCCGCCCAUCCUCUCAUCCUCCCUUCAUCUCAUCCUCCUUUCCUCUCAUCCUCCCUUCCUCUCAUCCGCCCUUCUCUCUCUCAUCCUCUCUACCUCUCAUCCUCUCUCCCUCUCAUCCGCCCUUCCUCUCGUCCUCCCUUCCUCUCGUCCUCCCUCCCCUUCUUCCGACCUCCCCCUCAUCCGCCCUUCCUCUCAUCCGCCCAUCCUCUCAUCCUCCCUUCAUCUCAUCCUCCUUUCCUCUCAUCCUCCCUUCCUCUCAUCCGCCCUUCUCUCUCUCAUCCUCUCUACCUCUCAUCCUCUCUCCCUCUCAUCCGCCCUUCCUCUCGUCCUCCCUUCCUCUCGUCCUCCCUCCCCUUCUUCCGACCUCCCCUUCAUCCGCCCUUCCUCUCAUCCGCCCAUCCUCUCAUCCUCCCUUCAUCUCAUCCUCCUUUCCUCUCAUCCUCCCUUCCUCUCAUCCGCCCUUCUCUCUCUCAUCCUCCCGCCCUUUCAUCCGCCCUUCCUCUCGUCCUCCCUUCCUCUCGUCCUCCCUUCCCUUCUUCCGACCUCCCCCUCAUCCGCCCUUCCUCUCAUCCGCCCAUCCUCUCAUCCUCCCUUCAUCUCAUCCUCCUUUCCUCUCAUCCUCCCUUCCUCUCAUCCGCCCUUCUCUCUCUCAUCCUCUCUACCUCUCAUCCUCUCUCCCUCUCAUCCGCCCUUCCUCUCGUCCUCCCUUCCUCUCGUCCUCCCUCCCCUUCUUCCGACCUCCCCCUCACCCGCCCUUCCUCUCAUCCGCCCAUCCUCUCAUCCUCCCUUCAUCUCAUCCUCCUUUCCUCUCAUCCUCCCUUCCUCUCAUCCGCCCUUCUCUCUCUCAUCCUCUCUACCUCUCAUCCUCUCUCCCUCUCAUCCGCCCUUCCUCUCGUCCUCCCUUCCUCUAGCCUGCAGUGGGGUACUCUAUAG